AUGUGCAAGCUGCCUAGCUAUUCUGUAGGAGGCACCAAUCAAGUCUGCAAGCUUCUCAAAAGUUUAUAUGGACUCAAGCAAGCCUCAUGCCAAUGGUAUUCCAAAUUCUCUCUUUCUCUCAUUGCCUUUGGUUUUACACAAUCCAAAGCUGACUAUAGCCUAUUUACUAAGGUGGAUAACAGUUCUUUUACUGCCUUACUAGUUUAUGUUGACGAUAUAAUUGUUGCUGGAAAUUGUUCAUCUUCCAUCGAAUCCCUUAAAUCCUUCCUACACAACCAAUUUAAAAUCAAAGACCUUGGCUGCUUACGCUACUUUCUUGGCCUAGAAGUUGCUAGGUCCUCAAAAGGUAUUCAUUUAUGUCAGAGAAAAUAUGUUUUAGACAUUCUGGCCGAUUCAGGAACCUUGGCCAAUAAACCCCUCAAGCUGCCUCUUGAGCAGAAGUUUAAGCUCACCAAGACUUCUAGAGAUCCUUUAUCAGACCCCAGCUUAUAUCGUCAUCUUAUUGGACGUCUUUUAUACCUCACAAUCACUAGGCUGGAUAUUUGUUGUCCUUUCCAGGUCCUCAGUCAAUAUAUGGAUACACCUACCAACAUACAUCUGGCCAUAGCUUAUCGGGUUCUUUGUUACAUUAAAUCUGCACCUGGACAAGGUAUUUUAUUAUCUUCUUCCUCACAGAUUCAACUCAAAGCCUUCUGUGACUCUGAUUGGGCUUCCUGCCCUGACACUAGAAGAUCAGUCACGGGUUAUUGCAUAUUCCUUGGAGACUCUUUUAUUUCUUGGAAGUCCAAGAAACAAUCUAUUGUCUCUCGCUCCUCAACUGAGGCAGAAUACCGUUCUAUGGCUUCCACUUGCUCAGAACUCACUUAG